AUGACGUGGCUGUUUACAGGAGAACGUCCUCACGCUUGCGCCCAGUGCGACAAAGCGUUCUCCACGUCCAGCGCGCUGAACACCCACAAGCGCAUACAUAGCGGCGAGCGGCCACACGCAUGUCCAAUUUGCGGCAAAACGUUUACGGCCAGUUCGAACCUGUACUACCACAGAAUGACACAUUCCAAAGUAAAACCACACAAGUGUAAUGCGUGCGACAAGUCUUACCCAACACCAGGCAACUUGCGCGCCCAUAUGUCAUCACACUCUGGCGAAUGGACAUACCAUUGCAAAACAUGUGGCAGAGGUUUUGGAAAAAAGAUCAACGUGGAAAGACACGCCAAGACAUGUCACAGAUAA